UUCGCACGAGUGAUCGGACGAUCGGAAGUUGGUCCUUGCGUCCUCGCGACUCACGACGCGUCUUUGCUCUGCUGAGUAUCACUGGUCGUUGUGUUUUGCCAUACUGUGCACGCACCACGCACCCCAUACGGCUCGUGCUUUCCUUUUCUGUGGGUGGGUGCUUGGGGGGUUUGUCGAGGUGCAGAUAAGUGACACAGGGACACGGACGGUGACAGAAUGCGAGGCCAAGAGGGGGAUCAUCCGUUCAAGCUAGAGGGUGAUGAGAUGAUGGCUGCGCAACGGUAUGAGGAUGCUGUACGACUGUACUCAUCAUUGCUUGACCUACAGCCAUCGGAACUUCGUGUAUGGGGCAACCGAUCCCAGGCAUACCUGUACCUCGGGCGCUUCGAAGAGGCAGAGAGGGACGCAACGAUGGUUCUGGGAAUCGAUCCUGACAACAUCAAGGCCCACUAUCGACGUGGAUGGGCGCGGCUGAAACUAAGGACCCCAAAUGUGAAGGGCGGGAAGGAAGACCUGGCUAGAGUUCUGUCGCAGGAGCCUGGCAACAAAGCGGCGAGGGACUUGCUGCAGAACUUCGAAGAACGGGGCCUCGACGAAGAUGCCGGUGUGGCGUUGACCGUCGUCGAAGACGACAGUGAGGAUGGAUGCUCGUGGUGCCCAGUGUCGACGAUGCCCGGAAGGGAUGAAGACGAGCGGGCCUCACUUGAUUUUUGGAGGAAAGGCGAACAGUUUAAAAGCAAUAAGAAGUUGCACGAGGCUCUGGGCUGUUUCAAUAGAGCGGCCGUUGCUAACCCGUUGAACUCUAAGAAUUGGGUCAGCAUUGCAGAGGUUCACCGUGAGCAGGGGAACCACAGGGAGAGCGAGGAAGCUUCGCGUCGGGCUGCAUGUAUUGCACUGAACCAACGGCAGGACUGAUGUCGCUCGAGGGAUGUUCGUCCUGGUUACGCGAGCGCUAACAAAAGAGCAACUUGGGGCGUUCACGUCAUCACAAAAAAAGGAACCGGUUGUUGUACGUUUCGGUGGUCAUGUGCGGUACACCGGAGGGUAACGUCACGCCAGCUUGACUUCUCUUCAACCCGAACUACCGUACUCCGCUUUGGGAGAGGAUUGCCUCAAAAUCGAACUUCCUCAGAAGAAAUGCCUCUCGUUGCCAUGUUUCUGUCGAUUGUUGGAUUUUCGGGAGCUUCUGCUUUUAAGCAAGAUCCCACUCGCAUUCUGUCAGUUGAUGGCAACCUUGGUGCUAUGGCCUAGACGUUGUGCUGCUGCUGCAUGAGAAGCAAGUACUUUGAGGUAAUGAAUUUGCAGUUUUGGGCGUCUAACAGAGGAGUGGGGUGUUCGCGCGACUCUCGACUCAAGACGAUUUCGGCUCGCCCGCACGCGGACCCCCAUCACCUCUUUUUUCGUGGCGCCGACACGGGGACCGCUCUCUCCGUCACGAUCGCUUCAAUCGCCUUUUCGUCCUGCAUCUACUGUACUGUCAA